GGGAAAUAGUCCUUUGGCCUAUUUAAAUUUGCUUUUUUCUCUUUUAGGUUGUAUUUAUCAGAAUCUUAACAAAUAUUUUGUUUGGUGCGUUUCACGAAUCAGUAUCAGUGAAGAGUUCCUGCUUUGAGUUCUGUGUGUUAAGUUCUCAACCCGGUCGAAAUUCAUGGGGCGAGACAAGCUCCUUGAUUCACUGGAUACGUUAGUGAAAAGACUGAUCGAGCUGUCCCCUAAGUUGAAUCUCCUCGGAACUUCUGUUCUAAUUGGCCAAGGUGUACCAAUAAAUCAAUGGCAGGGCAAAUUGGAGAUUUUUAUCAAGGCUAUGGACGGAACGAUUAAGGAGAAAAAGCCCCAAUCUGACUGCGAUGUGUGGGUGGCCGAUGUCCAAGCGUUGGCUGCUGAUGUGGAGGAGAUACUGAAUGAGAUUGCUGGAACUCAGACGUUGGAAGAACCUUCAAAAAACUGCUUUCUUUGUUUCACAUGUAGGAAAGGAAAAGCUGUUCUUCCAGUUAAUGAUGAUCUGAGAACCAAAAUAUUCCGCACAAGCAGCCAAAUGGCCACACUCAAUAACAGGAGACCUGAAAUUGGACUUCAAUUGAGAGAUUGGAUGCUCUGUUCGGCUGAAAUUGAUAUGCUGGGUGAAACUGAUAUUCUGAGUAUCCCUCUUCAGUUUCCGAAUGAACAACCUCCACAUCCAGAACAAGAACAACCUCCAACUCCGGAACAAGAACAACCUCCUCCGGCGCAAGAACAUAAAGCUCAAGUUGAGAUUCCUCUUGUUCAAGCUUGCAAUGAUCCGUAACCUAAUUCCAGACCAGAAAAGAGGCGAAGAUUGGACAAGGAUUCUGAGGUACUAUUCAAGGUCGACUCGCCAACACAAUGAGCCUUACGAGUGUGCCUUUGUCUGGGACCAGACGGAUCAAAACUGAUAGUAACCCCGAAAUACACGAUUCAGAGGAUGAUAUUCAGAUCUCCUGAAUUAUAAUACUAUAUCUUAUGCUUGAAAGAAGAC